UCGAUCUAGGGUCGUUAAAGCAUUGCCGUUCAUUGGGAAAUUCGUCAAUAGCGAUGCCGUUGUACAGGCGGAGAUGGCGACUUCGUUGUAUUCCGGUUAUAAAGUAAGUCUUAAUGACGGAAUUUUCGAAACGUGGAUCCCAUUCGCCAAUCCCACAGAAACAACGUUGGAUUUUUGUUGGGGCCUGACGACGUUGGCUUUGAGUACUUACGCGUUUCGCAGAUCGUCAAAGAUAGCGGCACAGUAUUUCAGACAAAGAUGGGGAACACCAGUGCUAGUACGCGAAACAUCCGUUAUAUCGGCUUAUGAAACCUUUACCCAUCCAAUUACAACGUUAAAAAAUAUACGGAAAAGGACUGAGCUGAAAACGUUUUUGAAAAACCUAAUGUUUUCUCGCGAAGUGGAAACAAAGUACACUGAGUUAUUUGAUGAUUUUUUUAUAAGAAGACGCGCUCAGGAUCCGUUCAGAAACUUGUUCAUUCACGGACCGCCAGGAAAUGGAAAAUCAUUGUUGGCAAAAAGACUAGCUUUGAACGUCGACAUAGACUAUAUGGUAAUGGCCGGUACGGACCUAGCGCCUUUGGGACGUCACAUGGCCACACGAAUGCAAGAGAUGUUCCAAUGGAUUCAAAGACACAAAGCGCCCAUUUUGCUGAUCGUCGACGAAUCCGAAGUGUUCCUAGGGAAACGCCACGUGGAAGACUUUAGGGCGGCUUUGGAUGUAUUUUUUAGAAAUACCGCCAAGCCGUCGAACAAUUUGAUGCUGUCGUUGGUGGCCAACGACCCAAAAAACAUGGACGGGGAAGUGUACUACCGGAUGGACGACAUUGUAAACGUGACGUUACCCGACGAGACGCUUCGCGAGCAGUUAUUGCAGUUCUUCGUGAAAAAGCACAUGCCGCCGUCCGAGCACAGCGAUAGCCACCAGUUGCUGUUGGAUUUGUGCAGCGAAGUGACUUCGAUGACGGACACCAUGUCUUGCCGGGACAUCGAAAAACUGGUCAUGUCGUGGAAAAGUGUUUUGGACAACAAUUCAGACACGCUUGGCCGUCGGGACAAGAUUUUAAAAUGUUGCCAAUACGCCGUUGAACAGCAAAACAUCAAGAAUUUGUUGCUAGAACGCAAAAAAGGAGUAACCAAGAAGUCAUCGGCUAUCAAUACACUAGCGGUUGGUCAUCCGAAAACCGAAGAAGUUACUAGUAAACAAGAAGUUAGUAGUAAACAAGAGCCCAAACAGAAGGCAUCUACUACACAAAUAAAACAAGCGGCACCUAAAAUACGCCACCAAUGGUAGUUUAUCAAAUAAUAAUUAUAUUGUAAAGGUUUGUUCGGUUUGAUUUGAUUGUAGUGAAGAUACCAACAGACGUUAAAACAAAAAAGCAAGUAUACACAUAGCGCACAAAAAAACAAUAUACAUUUUGUCUUUAUUUUGUCAUGUUUUUUAUUCGUG